GUUUAUGAAGCCAAAAGAGGGCUACCACGAGGCUAUGAGCAUACUACGCCAAAGGUUUGGAAGAACUUCGAUGAUUGCAGGGAAAUUAUUCGAGGCUGUUAAGGGUAAUGGUGGUCAAUUACAGGAUGACUCCCAGGCACUCACUGAGUUUUUAGAUAAUUUGCUAAUUUACAAGAAUGGAAUGAUUUCGAUGAAUCGCAUGAGUGACCUCAACUCGAAUUUUAUACUAGAAGUAAUAGCAAGACGCCUACCUACUCGACUGCAAAGGAAGUGGGUGAAGAUAAGCUCCCGUAUGGAGGAUGAGGGUAUCGAGCCAAAGUUUGAUGAUAUCCUGAAACUGGUAAAUACUAGUGUCAAUCAAUCUACGAGCAAGUUCGCCAGUCUAUUACAUCUCACCCCUAGAUUAGAGCAGUCUGAGAGCAAAAUGCAAUCAUUGAUGACGAGUAGGCCUCAGAGGGGUGGAUAUCGAGAAGGCUCCAUGAUGUAUAGUAAUGCCUAUAGACCUAGUGAGUGUAACAGGUUUCGUAGUACAUCCUCAACAGAUAAGUUGCAAGAUGCAAGACAAACACGGUUGUGUUGUACACGUUUGCAAGAGGUGCAUACAAAGGUGAACUGUGAACCAGUGAGCAAGUUCAGUGAUAAGCUAAAUGUAAACUCCAGGUCUGACUCCGAAUUGUGUGACGAUAACUGUGCGGUCAGGAAGUCUGUAGUUGCAACUGGUAAGCCAUGGUUGAAUAGAGUGUCACAGAAUAGAGUUGCUGCUUCAGAGUGCAGUUCUGACUCCAAAAGUUUACAAAGUAUAACUAGUCAGAGUGAAGACAUAAAACCUUUAAGGAUUUGUGAGGAGGAACCAAAAUUGUCUACUUCUGUUAUUAAAGAGUUUGAAAAUGAUGAACUUGAC